AGCUGCUCCUCAGGUGUUGUGAUGGCAGACACGGCCGUUCAGAUGAGCAGAGUCGCAGAUCUGGAGAACAAUGUGUCCACCAGGACGAGCUCCUCAUCGGCCAGACGAGGAGCGACCGUGAGCUUCCACAGCAUCAGCUACAGCGUGAAGAUGAAGAGCGGCUUCCUGUGCAAGAGGAAGCUCACGCAGAAGAACAUCCUCACCCAGCUCAAUGGUAUCAUGAGGCCAGGACUGAAUGCCAUAUUAGGAGCCACCGGGAGCGGGAAAUCAUCGUUUCUGGACGUUCUAGCCGCUCGUAAGGAUCCUGCUGGUCUCUCUGGAGAGGUUCUUAUCGACGGAGCUCCACAACCUCCAAACUUCAAAUGUCUGUCUGGAUACGUAGUGCAGGAUGACGUGGUCAUGGGGACGCUGACCGUUCGCGAGAAUCUGCGUUUCUCAGCGGCUUUACGGCUCCCAAAGUCGAUCCGUCAGCGAGAAAAAGAUGAGAAGGUUGAGAGACUGAUUCAGGAGCUGGGGUUGAGCAAAGUGGCCGAUUCACGGGUAACAAACCAAACACACCUUCAUCUGACUGACUACAUGUGCAGUCAACACAGACUUCUGUUGAUGCCUAAUUACAUGAUUAAUAAUUAUUAUACCCUAAACAAAUAUAACUUAGCAUUCAUAUGAAACAAUAAACAGUAGUCUCUUUUACUUUUUAAAGUGGAAGUGAAAAUGGCGAACAGCGGUCGCACCAUCAUCCUGUCCAUCCAUCAGCCGCGGUACUCUAUCUACCGGCUGUUCGACAGCCUCACGCUGCUGGUGGGAGGAAGGCUGGUGUAUCACGGGCCGGCUCAGGAUGCCCUGGACUACUUCAUGCAGAUCGGAUACACCUGUGAACCUCAUAACAACCCUGCUGAUUUCUUCUUGGAUGUCAUCAAUGGAGACUCCACCGCCGUCACUCUCAACAAGUUAAACGGCAAUGAGGACCUGGACCAGGAGCAGCUGAGUUCAUCUCUGAAGUGCAUCGAGGACCGUUUGGUGGAGGAAUACAAGAACAGCUCCAGCUACAAACAGACCAAAAGCGAGCUGGAGCGAAUCGUUCAGGGACAGGACUACAGCACUCGACCCAAAUCCAGAACCAUCACCUACAACACGUCCUUCUGCCACCAGUUCAACUGGGUUCUCAAGAGAACCUUCAGGAACCUCAUGCUGAACCCGCAGACCUCAUUCGCUCAGAUCGGAGUGACGAUUUUCCUGGCUCUGGUUGUUGGAGUCAUAUUUUUUGGAGUGAAGGAUAAUUCGAGCGGCAUUCAAAACAGGAUAGGCGUGCUCUUCUUCAUCACCAUCAAUCAGUGCUUCAGCUCUGUUUCCUCAGCUGAACUCUUCAUCGCAGAGAGGAAUCUGUUUGUGCACGAGUACAUCAGCGGAUACUACAGAGUGUCGGUGUACUUCCUGUCUAAGAUCCUGUCUGACAUCCUGACUCUGCGCACCAUCCCGGCCUUCAUCUUCAGCUGCGUGGCGUACUGGAUGAUCGGGCUGAAGGCGUCUGCCGAGGCGUUCUUCAUCUUCUUGUUCUCCAUCAUUCUGGUGUCGUACACAGCCACGUCCAUGACUCUAGCCAUCUCUGCUGAUCAGACAGUGGUGGCCAUCGCUAACAUCUUCAUGACCAUCAGCUUUGUCUUUAUGAUGGUAAAGAAAAACACACACACAAACAAUAGCUGUUCGACAGGCGAGGGCUUUCUGAGCGAUCAGGGCAUUGAUUACUCAACCUGGGGUAUGUGGCAGAAUCAUUUGGCUCUGGGAAUCAUGACCCUCAUCUUCCUCAUCAUCGCUUACCUAAAGCUGCGCUUCAUCAAGAAAUUCUCCUAA